GUGUGUGCGCGUGUCGUUAUCACCGUUCGAGUCGUUAUCACUUGUCGGGCUGUCGGCGAGUCCUACUCCGGUCGCGCGACUUGUCCACACAUUUAACCGCCUAACACGAGCCCCUAACUACCGUCGAUCCAGCGACAGCGGCACAGUCGUCUUGUCCGUGCGGCGCCGACACACAGCUUGCCGCCGCAGCCGUCAGCAGCAGCAGUAACCGAUUCGUCGGCUGCCACGUUUCGUCUGGGUAACCCUCCCGCACACGCGGACGGUCGGUCGCGGAUUUGUUUCUCGUCUGGUCGUCGACUGUACCCGCAGCACGUCGAUUGAUAGUUACUUUACACUGUAAAGUUUACAGUCUUUUGACGCCGUCAACGAACAGGYCGCCGGUUUAUCGCCAAGAACACCCUUACUGGUAACCUACAUACCUACUCACAAGGAAACCAGUGCUGCCGCCGCAAAUAUGAUCGGUUCAAAAAUGUUGGCUUUAUUUGUACCCGUGUUGGCAAUCAACAUUUUAUCAAUUCAAGCAUGGGAUACUGAUCAAAUGGAAGUKUUUGAUUUGGUUGAAGAAAUGAAUAAUAUAAAUUUUUAUCAGUUUUUAGAAGUACCUGAAGAUGCUAAUUCAUCAGUAAUAAGACAUGCAUUUAGAAGGAUGUCACUUAUAUUACAUCCCGAUAAGAAUAACUCUCCAGAUGCUGAAGCCAGAUUCAGAGAAUUAGCUUCGAUCCAUGAUGUUUUACGGGAUCCUGUAAAACGUGGUCAUUAUGACAAAGUUUUAAGUGAAGGGUUACCGGAUUGGCAUCAUGCUGUUUAUUAUUAUAGAAGAGUUAGAAGGAUGGGAUUCCUAGAAAUGAUUGUUAUUCUAUUUUCCAUAAUAAGUGUUGGACAAUAUCUUGUGGCAUGGGGAUCGUAUAUAGAAAAUAAAUUCACUGUGGAAGAGUUAUUAAGUUCAAAAAUAAAAAAAAUUCGAAAACAAAAGAAAUAUCGAGGUGAUUCAACAUUACCGCCGGAAUUUGAUGUUAACAUACCUAAACCCAGUUUGAAAAAUACACUUCCAUGUCAAUUACCUUACUGGUUAUGGGUAUUCAUCUUAAAAUCACCUUCACUUACAACUUCAGCUAUAUCAUUUUUGAUCACAAAGUUCAAAGAGAGAAAAAAUAACCAAAAUAAAAUGGAAAUUGAAAAACCAGAACCAGUCAUUCGUGAAAGAAUAAGACGUCGUAAAACGCCAUAUAAGAUACCAGAAAUUAAUGAUUAUAAAAACACUAAUGGAGAUACGCGAGGCAAAGUUAAUACUGAAAAUAAUGAUACUCCAGCAGUUGCUGGUGGUUUGUGGACUGAUGAAGAUUUAUAUGAAUUGUCUCAAAUGGUAAAUAAAUUCCCUCCUGGUACGUCAGAUAGGUGGCAAAAGGUUGGUAAAGCAAUGCAACGCCCUGUUCUGGAAGUUGCAUACAUGGCCAACAAAAUGAAACAAAAUGGGUAUAAGGUGCCAACUCCAGGAGAGACGAUAGAGCCAGUUAUCACCGAAGAACCGAAGAAAGUUAAAACAAGAGCAACAGAAAAUCUUGAUUCAACCGAAAGCUCAUGGACUCAAAUUCAACAAAAAACGUUUGAAAAUGCUCUUAUUAAGUUUCCUAAAGGAUCCACUGAAAAUCGUUGGGAAAAAAUUUCUAAAUGCGUACCAAAUAAAACUAAAGAAGAAUGUAUGGCAAGAUACAAAGAAUUAAAUGAGCAAGUGAAAAAGAAAAAAGAUCAAACUGAGGAUGGUUUAGAAAAUGUUGAAAACAACACUAAUGAAUUAUAAAUUAUGAAUUUUCUAUAUACCUUGCUUUUAUGUCCCCUGUUUCUUCUUAAGUCUGAUUCGGUUGUGAUUAUUUAAGCUCAUUUUAUAACUGACAUAACAUCGGCAUGUGUUAAUAGCCAAUUGAAAUGAAAAUCCAUGUACUAAAUUAAUAUUAACCCUAAAUGCUCCAAGUGACUUUUUGUCAAUCUUACAAAUAACUAUGGAACCUAAUUAAGAUAUAAUUUAUAAUAAUUCCCUAUUAUGUUAUAACUAUUUUAUUCAUUAAAUAAAUUUAUGUUAUUUACCUGUUUAAAAKUAAUAUACCAUGUAUAUAAUGUGCUAAAACUGUUAAAGAUUCUGUAAAAGUCUUCAAUAAUGACUUAGGUAUUUUGUCAUCUAUUUCAUUUGGUUUAUUGUUAUUUUAAUUUUUCUUAUGUUAUCCUAUUGAAGUUAAUUCCUUGUAUGUUAUUACAUUAUUAAUGAGUAUACAAUUAUAUUAGUAAAAAAUAACAUUUAAUUUUAAUUUUUUUGAUUUGUUAUUCAAGUUACAGACUUUUUAUACCCUAAUCAUUAAAUACUAGAUUUAAUACUGUAAUGUAUUUUUACAUCAUUAGUUGAAUGACUGUAGAUCACAUGAACACCUGUUUGCAUGAUCGGGGUUUUUUUAGUUUAAAUAUAACUAAUAUAACUUAAGAUUUAUUAUUUAAUUCUGAUAUAUAUAUAUGACAAUUAUAC